CAGGACCAUUGACAUUAAUCAACUAUUGAUUACUAAACGCAACAGUCAAAAUGUUCAGCAAAAUCCUGUCAAUGUGCGCUGUAGUGGCGGCGGCCAGCGCUGGCUACUACGAUGGCCACGGUGCCGUGUCUUCUCAGAGCAUCGUCCGCCACGACGAGGCUCCGGUCCACUACGCGCCUGCGCACUACGCGGCGCCGGCUCACUACGCCGCCCCUGUCCACUACGCCGCCCCCAUUGAGCACUAUGCCGCCCCCAUCGAGCACUACGCCGCCCCCGCUCACUACGCCGCCCCUGAUGUCCACUACGAGGGUCAUGAUGAACACGCUCACCCCGCCUACUCGUUCGAGUACUCGGUGGCCGACCCCCACACGGGCGACCACAAGUCCCAGCACGAGACCCGGGACGGAGACAAGGUGCACGGCUACUACUCGCUGGUGCAGCCCGACGGCUCCGUGCGCAAGGUCGAGUACACUGCUGACGACCACAAUGGUUUCAACGCGGUGGUGCACAACUCCGCCCCUUCAGUCCAUGCCGCCGCCUACGACCACCACUACUGAACCAAAUGAAGUUUCAGUUACUACACUCCUGAUUGAAUGAUCUAUGCGCUCGAAAAUAUUUAUACCUCUUUGUAAAUAGUUUUUAUGUGUGUGAUGAAUAGUCAUGUGACCCAUGUGUGAACUGUAAAUAAAGUGUGAUUGAGACUUAAAAUUUA